UGGCCGUGUCUCGGGGAAGCGCUGAGUAUUUGGAAAGUGGCUUCCCGCCCACUGCGAGUCGUUUUGCUUUGUUUAUAUAGGUGGAUCGAGGUUAAUGUUAAUGUCAGACGGAUGUUAGGAGUCAGGUAACUUUUAAACGUUUGCUCUGUCGUUCCACUGAAGGUUUUUUUCUUUUGGCUGACUGAGAGAUUUGCCGCUUCCUGGACAGUUUCCCAACAGGAACAGCGGAUAAGCCGUUAUAACCAUGGCUCAGGAGGAAAGCAAGCGACUGGUAGUUGUGGUUCCCAACGAGACGUCCUUCCUGUCCCGCCGUGUCUUUACAAGUGAGGAUGAAGCCUGGAGGGCCUACCUAGAGAACCCUCUCACUGCAGCCACCAAGGCCAUGAUGAGCAUCAAUGGAGACGAGGACAGCGUGGCAGCGCUCGGACUCUUGUAUGAAUACUACAAGGUUCCAAAAGAGAAAAGGCUCCUGUCUGUAGCUAAAUUUCCAGAGGAAGAAAAAAGAAUAUUCCAUGGUGGUGUGGAAUCGGUGAAUGAGCGUGUCCAGGGUACCAGAUCUCCUCCAGUCAAUCUCUCAGUUAGCACAGAAUCUCGUAGCACAGAGGUGAAGCAAGACUCGUAUAGCACAUUGCCAUCAGAGGGGGGAGUGGUGGCCUCUGUCAAGUCAGAGGUGUAUUCUAACCAACAGCAAGAAAGGCAGCCAUACAGUCAUGUACCCUACCAGCAGACCACUCAGGAUGCACAUAGCAGUUAUGGAAAGGAUGACCAGAGGAGCAUGCCAGAUAGCACUUUUGAAGACUCUUACAAUGGUGAAAAUGUGAAAUUCAGAGUGCCCACCACUUUAGGGGCCCAAGAGUCUGUGUUUGAACAGCCUGAAAUGAACACAUUCCAGUACAGUGUAGAAGCGAGCCGCUCAGUUCGGCAGAAGCCUGGCGACGGUCCAAUGAUCUAUCUGAACAGAGGCCAGUUUUACGGCAUCACACUGUGUGAUGCAGGCAUCAGUAAAGGCUUGCGCCAUCCUAUAAGCAAAGUCAGGAGUGUGGUGAUGGUGGUGUUUGGAGAGGAUAAGUGUCGCGAUGAGCAGCUGAAGCACUGGAACUACUGGCACACACGCCAGCACACUGCAAAACAGAGAGUUCUAGAUAUUGCUGAUUACAAAGAGAGCUUCAACACUAUUGGGAAUCUGGAGGAAAUCGCCUACAAUGCCGUCUCUUUCACCUGGGAUAUUAACGAGGAAGCUAAGGUGUUUAUUACAGUGAACUGUCUGAGCACAGAUUUCUCCUCUCAGAAAGGAGUAAAAGGACUUCCGCUUAUGAUCCAGAUCGACACCUACAGCUACAACAACAGGAGCAACAAACCAAUUCACAGAGCAUACUGCCAAAUCAAAGUCUUCUGUGAUAAGGGGGCUGAGAGGAAGAUUCGCGAUGAGGAGAGAAAGCAGAUGAGAAAAAAAACAAAGGGUCAUGUGGCUGGAGGGCAAGGUCACAAUGAUCUGGCAGGUAAAAGAGGAAGUCUUGGAGCAAUAAUACAGAAGAGAUCAGACAUCUCAUUUUUCAAAUCUAUAUCAGACUUGGAUUCUCAGCCAGUCCUGUUCAUCCCAGAUGUUCAUUUCAGUAACAUGCAAAGAGCUGCACAGAUGUUUGGCUAUAGCACUGAGGAAAUGGAGAGUGAUUGUGUGAUGAUGAAGAGGGUAUUCAGACAGACAGAGGAUGAUCCCUGCCUUCCACCAGCCAAACAGGGCAAAAGUGUUGCACACAGGAGAGUUCUACUGUACGUAAGGAAAGAGUCUGAUGAGGUUUUUGAUGCACUGAUGCUCAAGUCUCCAACAGUGAAGAGUUUGAUUGAGGCUAUAUCAGUCAAGUACUCCCUUCCUGUUGAGAAGAUAAACAAAAUCUACAAGAAGAAUAAGAAAGGGAUUCUGGUCAACAUGGAUGACAACAUCGUCGAGCACUACUCCAAUGAGGAUGCAUUUGUACUAAACAUUGAGCCCCAGACAGAGUGCUUUCAGGUCACACUUACAGAAAUCUAGUGACGGCAUGAUUAAGUUUCAUAGGUGGCUUUAUAAUGGCCUUCCCAUCCAGUUAAAGAACAAAACAAAGAUGGAUAAAGAAGGCUUAAACAAAAUACCUAGUAAGAGAACAAUGAUUCUUAACAAUUGGUUGGCAGACUGUGACGUACACACGUGUACUUCCUUCUCUUGCGUUCCCUGUGUUUAAGCUCACAUGAAAACAGAAUGAUCCGUGCUGUUUAUAUGUAGUAUUGUGUGUUCUGCUAAUAACUGGCCAAACAGGUUCUUUUCAUUAGCUUUCAGUAUUCUGCUUUUUAAUCCACCCCUAUGAAAUGACCCACAGUUGUACAUUCUUAGAGAUUUGCUCAACUGUGGCUAUUAGUGGUUGAACUGCAUCCCCUAUUCUCUCCUUUAUUGUAUGUUAGAAUAUAUGUGUAGCUUUAGACAAUGUUUUUGAACAUGUAUAUAUUUAAUGUUUUCAUCAUGUGUGUGUAUAUUUCUUGUUUUGAAUGAAUGUAAUAAACAGUAUAAUUUGUUUCUGCCA